AUGAAUCUUCCUUUAGAUAUUUUAUUUGAAAUCUUUGGUUUAUUAUCUCCAAAAGAGAGAUUCAAAAUAAAAACAGUAUCGAAAUCUUUUUACAAAAUUCAUCUAAAACAUGUUUUACAAAGAAACAAUCUUGAUCCAAACAAAUAUAUUCUUUAUCGAAGAAGUAAAAACAUAAAAUCUGAUAAUUUAAUUUAUAAUAUUGUUCGAACUGAUAUUAAUUAUAUCUAUCUGAAAACUAAAAGAACAAAAAAAGAAACCAAAGUUAAAAAAUUAUAUAAUAAAUAUGGAGUUAUCUAUUGUAAAUUUCAAAAUAACUAUUUAUACAUUCAUGAAAAAGAAUAUAUUAAAAAUAUUGAAAAGGAUAAUUAUGAAAAAUGUAAAGAAUUAUAUUUUUUAAAAGAUUGCAGUUUCUUUAAAGAAGUUUGUCCUUUCAAAAAUUGUAAAAAACUUAAAGUUUACAAAAAAUUAAAAAAUAUUGAUAAUAAAUUAACAAAAAACUUUGAUAAUUAUUGUGAACAUAGACUCUGUCAAUAG